AUGUACGGGCCGUCGCUGCCAGCAGAAAACAAGUCAUCCGCCCACAUCAUCGUCUCGCGCAACGCCACCCAUCGCGCUCAAUUAGUCGAGGGAUCAGCCCGCGCCCCUCCCGGAAUCCCUCCCCAUCAUCUUUGCAUCUCAGCGCUGGAGCGCUUCCCGCGACGCCACGGACGCGCCCCCCCUCACCCACGCGGGCAAGCGCGCCGCCGAGCCAUCCCCCCCACUCCCCGCGAAGCGCGUGCGACCGCACCCCGCUCACAUGGACGACUCGCGCUCCAACUCCGUCAAGAUGACCGACGCCGAUGA